AUGGCUAAACCCCUAAAUGAAGAGCGGGUUGAGGAGUAUGAAUUGUUGGAUGAGUAUUACCAGGUAGGCCUAUUGGAGGACGACAACGAAUGCGAAGAGGACAACCCAAUUCUAGAUGGCGUCGAAUCCCAAGCUUUUGGGAAAUUGCAAUUCUUCAACGGCCAGAAGUGGGUUUGGAAGGAAGAUACAUAUAUUUGGUCUGAACGCAGUAUGUGA